CUCAUCCAUUACAUUCCCCUCAUUUAUUCUGUAGAUCCACUGAGCGCAGCACAGCACAAUAACUCACAUACAGUUUCAAUUCCAACCAUAUUCGCUGCACGGGAACAAAAUGGUGAGGAGUGAAAGGCAACGAAGAGAGGUGAAGACCGAAGACUUAUUUCUGGAGUCCGAAACAUCUUUGGAUCAGCAAGAUUUUGAGAUGUCUACUUGUCCUUUCAAUGACGUUUUCAACUCCAGAGACUCUUCCAUGAUAAACACUUUCCUGAAAAAUGUACAAGUUUUACUGGAGGCUGCCAGUUACAUUGAGAGCGCCGAGAGGAAGGAUGGAAAGUGUGAACACGGAUAUGCCUCGACCUUUCCGUCUAUUCAGCACUCCAGCUACCAGAGACAAAGGAAAUUCCGAAAUAAAAAGUGCAACAACAACCACAACAGGUCCACACACAAUGAGUUGGAGAAAAAUCGACGAGCCCACCUUCGUUUGUGUCUGGAGCGAUUGAAGGCUCUCAUCCCGCUGGGACCAGACUGCAGCCGUCACACCACUCUGGGACUGCUCAACAAGGCCAAAGCACACAUAAAGAAACUGGAGGAAGCAGAGCGUAAGUCUCAGUAUCAGUUGGAGAAUUUGGAGCGAGAGCAGCGCCACCUCCAGCGGCGACUGGACCUGCUGCGGGGCGGCGGGGGCGUGCUUGGGCGUGCUGAGGGCGUGCUGGAGGGCGAGAGGAUACGCACUGACAGCGUAGGCUCCACCCUCUGCUCAGAGCGAUCGGAUCGCUCUGAUUCAGACCAAGAAGAGAUGGAGGUGGACGUGGAGAGCACAGAGUUCUCUCAUGGAGAGCUGGACAGCAUCAGCACAGCCAGCACCAGCGAUCUGGACGACCACAGCAGUCUACAGAGCACUGCCAGCGAUGAGGGCUACUCCUCCUGCAGCAUCAAACUGGCCUUCAGCUCAUAAAACGAGCUCCCCUUUACACACAUACACACACAUACAUAUACACACACACAUACACACUAUCCCAGCCUUUGAAAUGAGUCCCUUUCCCUCCUCAACCAAUCAGAGACUUUUAAGUCAGGUGACCAGAACACCACCGCCCUAUAGAAUGCCUGAUUUAUUGUUUUAAGUUUGUGAAUGUAUCUGAGAGAAUAUGAAUGAGAUGGAAACAAUCUGUGAUUGUGAAUUAAUUGGGUUAUUAGAUGGUGUUUUAUUCCUGAAUAAGAUUCUUCUGAUAAUUGUCAGCAUCUAAAUCCCCUUUUUCCGAAAGGAAAGCUAAGAUGUAUAAAAAAAAUAGAUGUUGAUUUUUAAUUCAAACCCGAUUGUUAAUUCUCUACAUGAAUGGGUCGUGAACUGGUCACUAGGGAAACUAUUCAACUAAACCCACCAAAGUGGAUCACCUGAGAAGCGUAUCAACACAAGAAGCCCCAAACCUGUCGAUUUCCUUUUCAUCCGGUCUAAUGGUUCUAACGCCGCUGCUCAACGGCGACAAGGACUGUCAUUGGUGCUACGUGACAAAACCAAUAAAGCAGAAAGAUCUACUGCAUUCAUCAAAGACAACAGAAAAACAACUAUCCCAUGGCUGUGGGAAUUUUUGGUGCAUUUAAACCGUGGAACCACUUUCCACGCUGCAGCUAAAACCCAGCGAUCUUUGCACUCGACCGCAUAAGCCCUCUGUAGAACUGGCGCCACGUCAGAGAAAUAUCCACCCCUGCGUUUAACUAGAUGUCUCUCCUGGCAGAAAUAAGCAAUAAACUCUUGUAGUCAGAACAACACAUUAGCACUCCUACUCCUGAGACACAACGCUUGUGUCCGUCCAAAAGAGCAAUGCCAACUUGCUCGUUUUUGUACAUAAAUACGAUAGUUUAAUAAAUUAAAGUUAAAAUAAAAAAUGAGUUGAAAAAAGGUAGUUACCCAUGGGUAGAAAUUGCCUCUGUUGUCUUGUGUUUUGUGCAUUUUAAAUUAUAUUUUUGCAAAGAUUGACUAUCUUCCUCCUGAGAGUCUUUUGUGGUGGCAUGGACAGUAUUAUUUGUUCAUUAUGCUGGAUGAAACGCAAAUAGUUUCAAUUCUUUGGCUGCCCCAAGGAAUUUUAUUACUUUCUUUAAAACUAAACAACCAGAAGAAAAACAACACGCUGAAGUACUAAAAUCGGACAUCACACAAGAGGCAGUGGUCGUGGGACGCCAAGGCGUGGACCUCUGUAGAAGGUAUGCUAACUCUGAGUGGCGCUCAUUAUUUAUUGUUUUAUAGCUGAAAGGCAUUCCACUACUUGUAUCGUGUGCUGUGGACGUGGAGUGAGCGGCGCUUUCAAAGGGUGCUUUCACACUGGCAGUUCAAUUCAAAACGGGACACGGUUCACAUGAAAAUUGGUAAUGUGAAAGCUGUCGUGCGGAACCCUGAGCACACAGGGGUACUGAACCCUAGAUUACCUGUAGCAGGUGCUCUGAGUUCAGUUACACUGGAACUGUGGUGCGACACGCAUGAAUGUGAAUGCAAACUUGGACUCGGGUGCGCACUUGUUCAGGAAGCAGAGUAACCUGCGCAUGCAGUUUAGCCAAUGGCAAAGUCAUUAGUUAAACAAAAUGCAUGUAAGGGAUGACAUUGGUGAUGAUUUACCAUGGAUACAAGUGAGUGAGUGCAAAUGAAUGGUUCGCAAUCCGCUGUCUCCUCGAAAAUGUCCGUUUGCAAGCAGCAGAAGGCCGCCUUCUUGCGACGCACAUACAGUAAACCCAAGUGUCCUUCACUCUGGUGCGCAUAAUAGGACCAAAUGAAUAAAAAAAACAAUAUAUUGACCCUAUCAUGCACCGUGCACAUUUGUGAUGACGUACGAUGAUCGCGAAUGCUAGAAUUAAGUGUGAAACCAGACCAACGCUGCGGGGUCGCGCUGGGAACAAAAUCGGACUCAGACCGCAGCAAACCUGCCCAGUGUGAAAGCCUCCAAACUCGGCACGAAGCGCUUCAAGCUCUUUCUUCCCGCUGUACUGUAUGUUAAAUUCAUUUUUUUUCUCUCUUUAUUUUGUGUGAAAAGAAGCAUUCAGAAUUUAACUUUCCUCAAGUCGUAUUUAUUUUCUUUCCUUGAUCCGAAAUCAGAGGUAAAAAGGUUAACUUAUUUUGCUAGUAAAAUCUAUGAUGGCAUUCCCCUCCCAGUUCUGUUCCCUAGUUCUGUUGUAAACCGUAAAUCCACUCCAUCUGUGAUGUAUUAUUUUUAUUUUAUUGUUCUUUCCCAAAUGCAGAGCUGCUUUUUAGUGCAUAUUAAAGCCAAGUCUAAUUUGUAAUCGUUCUGCCUGCAAUAGAGCAGCACGGACAUCUGCUAGUGUCCCGAUCCAGCAUCAACCAAAUGCUUUUGGCUGCUGAACAGCCCAUAUGUGUCGAGUAGUUCUACUCACCCCUGUUAAGAGAGUUUUAGUGUUGACUGUUUUAGUCGGGUGUAAAUUCAUUGUGUUUAGAAUGAACUGUUUCAGUCGUGCGGAGGAAAGUCACUGUUUGCACGUUGGAACCGAAUUCAAAGCGUUGCUCUAUCAACACCUCGCCAAACCACAGACGAGAACCUCCAUCGUCGUCCUCCUCCACAGAGGACACGGUUCUUUUUUUUUCUUCUUUUAUUGUCUCUCCUUUUCAUUCAUAUUGAUUUAUUGGUUUAUGAAUCUGCACUAUUUAAAGCCAGGGCCCAUACUUAGAUGCCAGUGCUUUUUUGUUUUAUUUUAUUUUGUUUAAUUUAUUUUUUGAAGAGAAUGGGCCAUGUUCUUUUUAGGCCACCGUACCGACCCAGGCCCGUAUUCAACGACACUUCCAAGAGAAAUGGUGCCUGUCUGGGAUCAGCUCUCCCACAUCUCUGUGAUCUCAGUCGCUCCUGAGGAAAAGAAAAAUGUUUAACGGAUCCUGAAACAGCAUCUGUUUUUUUGUUUUGUUUUGUUUUUCUUUUUCAAGAGACUCGGGAAAAGGGGUUUGUUAAAGGCUGAGCUUUUCCACCCUGGGAGGACAGAGGUCCUUGAUGAACUUGUGGCCAUUCUUUGUAAACAUGCACUCUGAUUCUAGCUGUGAGUUAAAAUGCAAUACUUACAAUAAACACCAAGAUUGUCAAAAAAAAAAAAAAAAAAAAAAAAAAAAAAAGAUCAA